AUGGCAGAUCAAUUAACUUACUCGUUCUACUCGUCGCGAGGAACGAUCCUCUACACGCCAGCUAGUCCAGUCGCUAAACAAGCUCAGGCUAACAGACUUCCUACUCCCCCUUGUCGUCCGAGGCAGCGUCGACCGCACUCGAUACACAUAACUAGACUUCCUGCUGGAUACAUACCUGUUGACUUACGACCGACCCCGCAUCCACCGCCGCCCAAGAAACCCUCUCGAUUUAGUGUAGAGUUAAGAAAGCUGGCUUCCCGCGAGAACGCAAAGCGUGUGCUCGGUACGGUCUUUUCUCCAUUUGCGAACAGCAACUCUGCCUCCUCACCACCUGCCACAAACGCUCCUCGAUCCGGUAGUGCCGAAACUACUCGCACGUUACGAACCUCGUUCUCGGCUGCUUCGGCAGAUCCAAACAGUCUCUAUUCAAGAAGAGUCGCAGCGGGAACGGUCACGGAUGAUAACAUCAUGGCUACACGUCCGAGUAUAGAUGGGAGGGUAGCGGGAUCUGAUGUCGUGAGCGACCUUGUUAUACCCAAGAGAGCCGUCGACAUCGAGAAGCCUAUAGCUUCAGGAAAUGGAGUUAAUUGCUACAUUCAACUGGCCGAACCGGUGAUCUUUUUAUCCGGGCUCGAUCACGAUGGCACGAGACAGAACUCUCACACUAACUCUACUGCGAUACUACGUGGAAAGCUGCGACUUGAAGUAACGAAGAGCGCAAAAAUCAAAGCUGUGACCCUUCGAUUUACAGGCAGAGCUCGAACGGAAUGGCCAGAAGGUAUUCCUCCUGAGAAGACACAGAACCACGAGGAGACUUCGCUUAGGACUCAAGUACUGCCCUUCUUCAAUGCUCUGUAUGAAGGGGCAGAAUCAGGCUAUGGUACCCACUGCAACUACACUCUGCGCGACAAGUCAUCGGCCUCAUCAUCGGUUACAAACUUGGCAAGUCUCGGAACGGACACGCCUCCAACAAGCCAUUCGGGAUUCUCCAUUCCCGUUCUUUCCAACAGAUCUAACAGAUCGAGCACCCUGUCUACGUCAAAGGAAUUAAAGAGGUUGUCUCUACAGAGCAAUCAAUCGCGAAGUUUCACCAAGGGGGACUCCCCUUUUGGUCCAACGCCACAGCAAAAGGGAUUCAAGUAUUUCCAUCCCGGGACCUAUGAGUAUAGCUUCGAGCUUCCAAUCGAUAAUAACAGUCCUGAAACAAUAAAACUACCUAUGGCAAUGGUGGCUUGGCAGCUUGAAGCGGUGGUAGAGCGUGCGGGAACAUUCAGACCAGACCUUCAAGGUUUCAAAGAUAUACCCGUCAUCCGCGCACCUUCAGAAGACUCUUUGGAACUGGUCGAGCCAAUCUCAAUUAGUAGGAAGUGGGAAGAUCAACUCCAAUACGAGAUCAUGAUAUCAGGAAAAUCGUUUCCUCUGGGCUCCAAAAUCCCAAUUGCAUUCAAGCUCACACCUUUAGCGAAAGUCCAGGUUCACAAGAUCAAGAUAUUCGUGAGUGAAAAUAUUGAGUAUUUCACGAACAACAAACGUGUUACAAGGAAAGACACUUCUAGAAAACUGCUCUUGCUCGAAAAGGUUGCAGGGCGUCCUCUGGAUAAACAAUAUGCUGGUUCUCAGGUAAAUGUAUUGGCUGGUGGUGAGCUAAGUUCGGAGGACCGAAAUCAGGCGAGAAGAGAUGCCGUAAGACGACGACAGUACGAGGCCCUCCGGUUGGGCGCGGAACCCGAGCCUUUACCAGAACCCACGGAGAACUUACUUGGCGAUAUUGAUCUUGGAUUGGAAAAGUAUUGGGGUCAGACAGAAAUCGAAAUGAAUGUACAACUGCCUACUUGUGAAGUGAUGGAGAAGGAUCGCAUGAAGCGUCUAGUUCCAGAUACCACUUGGAAGUGUGUAAAUGUACACCACUGGAUAAAGAUAAUUAUGCGCAUAUCUCGCGUUGAUGCGGACGACCCAACGGGCAAAAAGAGACGGCAUUUUGAGAUCUCUAUUGACUCCCCAUUCACAAUCCUCAGUUGUCGCGCAACACAAGCCAAUCUAGCACUUCCAGAAUACGGUGUGAGUCCAGGAGCAUCAGACCAGCUGCGCAUAUGUGGGUGCCCAAAUGCUGCACUCAGCGGCGGCUCACCACACAACUCUUCAUCACAUGUUCCUACAUUGGAUGACGGGCCAGCUAUUCCAGAAAUUCCAACACUGGCGAGACCAGCUCAAGCUCAUCUAUCCACUGGAGCUCACGUUCAAAGGCCAAUCCAUAUGCUCCGAAAUCCAAGCUUCAACCCCCCAGCUUUCGAUGCGGAGGAGCCUCCACCACCAAUGCCUACACCUCCACCUCUUUACGAUAACGUCGUUGGAACACCUAGCCAUGACGGACUGGCAGAUUACUUUGCCCGAUUGAGUCAGUAUGAUGACGACAAUACCGACGAUGAGGACUCGACAAGAGCAUCAGACCGCGGUCGAGUUAAUGUACCUCAUCCUAGGACACCUGGAGGAAGGAUUGCAAGAUCUAUGGACAUUGACAGGCAAUUCAUGUUUAACCCGAACGCGAUACAGAAUAGACAGCCGGUUGGCCUCAACUCACGGACUUGA